AGGAGGGAUCGUCUUUAAGAAGGCUGAUGCUAUCGCAGUAAACCUGUUCUCUCUCCUCCACUCCCAAUCAAUACGCUAUACGCUUUUUCAUUUCUCUUCAAACUUCUCAACUAUUUUAAUCAAUGAAGAAGUGAAAAGAAGCCAUUGGACGCGAAUUAACAAGAUUCCUAUAGGAGGAAGAGAACAUUUUGUAUUUCUUUCAUGCAGUAGAGGGGACCCUGGCCACCAUGCUGUUGAAGCUUCUCCUCCCUUGCCUGCUGUUCGGAGCUUUGAGCCAGGCUCAGCAGGAACCCGCGAUGGAUUGCUCAGCCCAGAUCAAAUGUCCGAUCAACGUGUAUUUCACCAUCGACACGUCGGAGAGCAUCGCCCUGCAGGUGCUUCCUCCGGGGGGCCUGGUGGAGCGAAUCAAGUCUUUCUCAGAGCUCUUUGUGAAGAAGCUGCAGGAGGAGCUGUACAAGGACCACAUCACGAUCACCUGGGAGUUCGGGGGGCUGCACUUCUCCGAUGAAGUGAAGAUCUACAGCCAGAUCACCAGCAACUCCAAUGAAUACAUCCAGCGCCUGCGCAGUAUCAAUUACCUGGGCCGAGGCACCUUCACGGACUGUGCCCUGUCCAACAUGACCUCCCAGGUGGUGGCCCAGGCCUCCCCGGAAAAUCGUGUGCGCUUUGCCGUGGUGAUCACCGACGGGCACGUGACGGGCAGCCCCUGCGGGGGCAUGAAGUCCAGGGCAGAGAGUGCCCGGGACGCGGGGAUCAAGCUCUUCGCCGUGUCCCCCAGCACUAACAAGUACGAGUCGGGGCUGAGGGAGAUCGCCAACAGCCCUGUCGAGCUGUACCGCAACAACUACCAGGCCACCGGGACCACAGGAGAGAUCCACGUGGAAACCAUCGACCGCAUUAUCAAAGUCAUGAAACAAGAAGCCUAUUCUGAGUGUUACAAACUGACUUGCUUGGAGAAGCCGGGGACCCCUGGUCCAAAGGGCUACAGAGGACAGAAGGGUGCAAAAGGAGACAUCGGGGGCGCAGGACCUCCUGGGGAAAAAGGAAGACAAGGGGAUCCAGGUAUUGAAGGUCCUAUUGGUUACCCUGGCCCCAAGGGGUUUCAUGGUAUGAAAGGUGAAAAGGGGGAAUUGGGAUCUGAAGGAAAGAAGGGUGUUGCAGGGCUGGCUGGGCGGAAUGGAACAGAUGGACAGAAGGGCAAACUUGGACGUAUCGGAGCUCCAGGUUGCAAAGGGGAUCCUGGUGACAAGGGCCCUCUUGGGUAUCCUGGUGAUGUUGGAGAGAGGGGACAAGAAGGAGACCCCGGUUCUAAGGGAGACCACGGCCGGCCAGGCAGAGACGGUCCCCCUGGGCCCCCCGGAGAGCUAGGACAGAAGGGAGAGCAAGGAAGUCCAGGAUCCCCUGGCCUUCCUGGGCAGAAAGGAAGACAGGGAGAAAGAGGCGGAGGUGGACCUAAAGGAGAACCGGGGCGGAGAGGAGACCCUGGAACCAAGGGCGGUGCCGGACCAAUUGGCCCAAGUGGAGAGAAGGGAGAUGUCGGCCCUGAGGGUCAGAGGGGACUUCCUGGAGAAGUAGGAAACAAAGGAGCCAAGGGAGACUUGGGACUCCCAGGACCCAGAGGCUCUUCCGGAGAAAUCGGCAAUUUAGGAAGAAAUGGCUCCCGUGGAGAUUCUGGUGAUGUGGGACAGAGAGGGGAACCUGGAGCUCCAGGACCAAAGGGUGACAGGGGAAGAACGGGAUUCAGCUACCCUGGCCCACGCGGACCCACGGGUGAUCGUGGUGAUAAAGGCAACCCAGGACCUCAGGGAGCUCGGGGUGAAUACGGACAGAAGGGAGCCCCAGGUGUUAAGGGCACUAGUGGAGACCCGGGUGAUCCAGGACCUACUGGAGAGCCCGGACCGCGAGCACCCCAAGGAGAACCAGGAGAGCCGGGAGAUCCCGGCCCUGAAGGAGAUCCCGGCCUGACAGACUGUGAUGUCAUGACCUACGUCAGAGAGACCUGUGGAUGCUGUGACUGCGAGAAGCGGUGUGGAGCUCUGGAUAUCGUCUUUGUGAUUGACAGCUCUGAGAGUGUGGGGCUCACCAACUUCACCCUGGAGAAGAACUUUGUGAUCAACGUGGUGAGCAGGCUGGGCUCCAUUGCCAAGGACCCCAAAUCGGAUACAGGCACUCGCGUUGGCAUCGUCCAGUACAGCCAUGACAACACCUUUGAGGCCAUCCAGCUGAACGACUCGCGCAUCGACUCGCUGGCCACCUUCAAGGACGCUGUGAAGAGGCUGCAGUGGAUCGCGGGGGGCACCUACACCCCCUCCGCCCUGCGCUUCGCCUACGACCAGCUGAUCAAAGGCAGCAAGCGUGACAAGGCCAAGGUCUUCGCUGUGGUCAUCACAGACGGGCGCUACGACCCACGCGACGACGAGACGCUCCUUCAGUCCCUGUGCAGCGGGGACGUCAUCGUCAACGCCAUCGGCAUCGGGGACAUGUUCAGCCGCCACCAGGAGGAUGAGAGCCUGAAAUCCAUUGCGUGCAAUGAUCAGAGCCGCGUGACCGGGAUGAAUCUGUUUGCAGACCUGGUGGCUGAGGAGUUCAUCGACAAAAUGGAGGAGGUGCUGUGCCCAGAUCCAUUUGUUGUUUGCCCAGACCUUCCCUGCAAAACAGAUGGGACAGAGCCUUGGAAUGAGUUGUACCCAGCCCCUGCAGAGGAGGGGAAGGACCCCUCAAACCCCAACUCCAUCCCCACCUCCAUCUCUGAGGUCCGGCACUUGUUAAGCUCCCUGAAGGCGAGCCAGGACCCCGAUUCCUACCCCAAAGUGGUGGCCACCCUGGCGUACACUGCCCAAAGAGCCAAGCUCACCAUGGGAGAAGACAGGGAGCAAUGGACCAAUCUGUUCAUUGACACCUUCAAAAUGGUGUACGGGGACAUCAUGGGGGACCCAGAUAUAGCACUAGGGAUGUGCUAAACUAGUCAGCAAUGGCAGCCAGAACUUCAUACUCACUGUCUUUAUAAUGCAGUCCAGUCAUUCAGAAUCAUAGUUGUGGUAUUCCUGUCUUGUUUGCUGAAGCAGUUACAUUUUCUAAUGGUUUUUGGUUGAAAAAACAAGGGUAUGCUACCCUAAAGCAAGUCAGUAUUACUGCUAUACGUCACCAAGAACUUACUGAUCCCUUUUCUUGCUUCUUUCCUGCCAUUUAAUGUAAGAUACAGACCUCAACUUCCACUUCCUCUGUACUUUAUUGGAGGUAUCGAAGGGUAAAUACAGCCACUCCUCUUUGCGGGCAGCAGGGCAGUCUUUUUAGUCAUUUGAAUGGUAUUUCCCAUUCCUCUAAAUCAUUCUGGUUUUUAGCCUUAAUUUCGGUAUUACCAAAAAAUGGACGUUGGAAAAAAGAAAUGACAAAAUACUGAACCAAUUGAAAGUGGCUUGCACUCCUAAUUUAUAUUUUAGCCAAUAAUCAAUGAAAAUGUUAUUAUUGUCCAACCCCUUGUGUGGAAUGAGAAUCAGAUACCUGCCUCUGUAUUGAGCUAUAAAGGUAAAGUCAAUUCAGGUGCCAUCACAUAGGAAUGCACAAGAACUCUUUUUUUUUUCAUUUUAUGAAAGUUUGACAAUGGCAUGGUUUACAGUCAGACACAGUGCUGGCAGUGUGUUAAACUGAUCAAAAAACAUAUGCUCAGAUAAUGUUAGAUUGUAAGUUUUAAACAAGAGACGGAAAUGUGUGGCCUUGACUGUGAAAUGAUAAUGUUUGGUUGAUUCUGUGGUAUACUAUUGUUUUUAAUGUGUUGAAGUUCGUUUAAAAUAAUCCUUUGGAUACAGUACCUGUCUGUCUUCUUCAGGCUGUUCCCAGGAUUCAGUAAUGAAGAACAAAACACUAUCUAUAUAUGAUGAUUCUAGUACCAAUAAUGCAUUGCAAUGGAAUAUUCCCUAAGAAAAGUUUACUUACUAGGAGGUGUAGUUUUGUAGUGUAAUUUUGCAGUUUUCCUAAGCUUUUUCCAUGUUUGUAUAAUUCAUUCACUCUACCUCUCUGGGCUUUACAAUGCUUACCUAUUCUUCACAUUGUUCAUAUUGUAGGAAUACAAUGGAAUAUCUCCAGGUAUUUUUGACCAAACAGAAAACUUGCACAGUUGCUCUUAUACUUCAGUGUGAAACGUAACACUAUCGUGGCCAGUGAUCCGUAAUGAAUUGCAAUGGAAUAUGGUAGGAAUGCAAUGGGCUAUCUUAGGAAUCCAGUGGAAUAGUGUAGGAAUCCAAUGGAAUAUUAUAGGAAUCCAAUGAAAUAUCACAAGACCAUCAGAUAUUCCAUUGAAAUCCAUAUGGAUUUGCAGCCGUUGUUUCAAAGUGCUAUUCCAUUCAAAAUCUCUAUAUAAUCUCUGAUAUUUUACAAUGUUUCAAUGUAUUGAAGGCAUGCUGUAACCCUGUGAAUGUCUAAGUGUCUGGCACAUAUCAGAUCUGUUAAAUUGUCCAAGGUGACUGUAAGAAGCAUUUAUAUGUAGAUGGUCUUUGUAAAUAAAUACAGAAAAGAAAGAGACAUGCUUCUGCAAAUUAAAUACAUGUAUUGAAUGCAAUUCAGAAUGUACCCUGUGGUUUAUUUUGUUUUGUAUUUUAUUUUGUUUUUUUAAAUUUCUUAACCCUUCAUUCAUUGCUGUUUAAGAAAGCAGUUCAUUUUUAAGGCAUAACUAAUCUCAGACCAGGGGUCUGAGUUAGCCGAUUUAGCUGAUUUAUCUGCAAAAUCCUGGGUACUGGACAGUGCUUCCUCUAUGGGCUUCAUUUAUAUGUAGUUGCUACAUUGUUUGUUAAAAAAUGCUGCUUUGUAUGGUCAAAGUUUUUUGUGAUUGGAGUGUUCUUUUGCUUGACUUCUUGAAAAGUGUUGAAUGACAAUGUCUUAGCAGGACAUAGAGCAAACAGUUAAAACUACUAAAUGUUAAGUUACAAUUGCAUGUUUUGUGUGUUUUUGAUUUUCCAAAGUUUUCUCAACUAAUAAGCAAAAAAUGUCCCCAUGCUCUUGUAGAUUUUUCAGUCCUGCACUUCAUAGAAGUCAUAUGAUGAAUACAGAGAAGUUAAAAACAUGUAACUGAUUGGAAAACAGUGAUUGGUUACAGCAGGAGAGCCAAGCGCAAGGAUUCCAACUCUCCAAACUCCUCCACGCUUUGGCUGUCCUUCACAAAAGCUGCUCCCACCAAUGAACACAUGCUAGACAAUGACCGGGGCUGUUGGUUUCUGAAUAGGGACUGAUUUCAUGAAGCCUGUAAAUGUGAUUAAAGACAACUAUAUGCUUCCG